AUGCAUCAAUCGUUUAUACCUGGAAUUGUCAAAUGCGAUGCUCGAGUAAACGAUUUAUCUCAAUGUGCUAUCAUUCAAAAUAAUGAUUGCUCUCAAUACUCGUACGUUACAUGUCAUGUUUGUGAUAAUCCUCUAUUAAAAAACGCAGAAAAAUUCCCAGAUUCUUGGUUUACUGCCUUCCCAAAGAGUCGUAGUGCUGCUAAAGCAAGAAUAUCCAGUGGUAGUUCAUGGUGUGCUCCGGCUGCAGAUGGCAAUCAUUACCUUCAACUGAAUUUUCCGAGUCUUUAUACAGUUAACGUUAUCACUAUCUUUGGAGACAGUUCAAGUUCAAGCUUUGUAACUAAAUAUCACUUGCAGAUAAACAUUGAUGGUGUGAACUGGAAAUCUGAAAAAUCCCAGAAGAUUUAUUUAGGAAACAAAAAUGGUUACAAUGAUGCGGCUAUAAAAAAGUUUUCUGGUGGCCUUAAAUCCAAAGCUUGGCGAAUCUUUCCAUUGAAAUUUGUUGGUGCACCGUGUUUACGAAUUGAAAUUUGUGGUGGAGACUUACUCCCAGACAAACCGACAGAUCUCAUUGCAACCAAAUCUGCAUCGACGUACCUCGAGAUAUCAUGGAAACAUCCCAAAAGAACUGGUGUAAAACUUGGUACAAAUAUCUCGAAUCCUCUUACAAGAUAUCUAUUGAUUUUGCUGAAGGAUACUAUGAUUGUUUUUAAUAAAACUUUGGAGGUAACUGACAAAAAACCGUACCACAUUACGAAUCUUGUUCCUUACGCAACGUAUAAAGUUAAUGUAACCUCUGGCAAUUCUGAAGGCUUUGGUAGAUCAACUACAGCUACUUUUAGAACUGCUGAAGAUGUUCCCGAAGGUCCACCUUUAAAUGUUCAAAUUGUCGCCUUACGCAGUUCAUCGUUAUCAGUUACGUGGGAGCCACCAGACAAGAACAAAACAAAUGGAAAGAUAGUCAAUUACACUGUUUGUAUUACACAUUUGGAGAAUGAAACCUGUUCAAUGAACUUCUACAAUAGUGGGAUCUGGAUGUUACAGCAAUGGUACAUGGGUAUUUACAAAUGGAUUGGCACCUGAACUGUCCACCAAGCAGAUUGGAAAUACGUUGACUUAUUUGUUGCAAAAUCCAAAUUUGGAAUAUCGAUAUUUCUAUGUAGUCGCGAUGAAAAAUGUCACAGAAGAGGGUCGAUUGCCUUCUAACUUUAACAACACAGACUUAGUGACUUAUUCUAAGGCCAUAUCUUCCACACAACGAAUGCCGUAUAUUGCUGCUGUAGUCUCUCGCAGAGACUUUAAGCCUCAUUUUUCACUUGGUGACGGUGAAACCACAACACGGCGUUCCAAUGGUGAAAAUUAUUAUAAUGGCCCGCUAAAGCCUGGCACUAACUACAAAAUAUUUCAGCGCGUUUUCAUUAAUGAUCAGGGUGAUUACUAUUCCACUGACUGGAGUCCUGUGGCAACAACUGUUGAAAAGCACAAGU